GGGGUUAUUUCAGACUUCUUUCUCUGCUUCAGUAUAAAUAUGUAAGGGUCUUCAGCCUCAAUCUUUCCUUGGACGAAUCAUCAAUAUAUCCACCUAACGAAUUGCAAAUAUUACUCCAUCCCCAAUCCUUUCGCUUCUUCUAGAAUUAUACAGAAAUUCUAGCUUCCCAGAUGGGAUACUCCACAUUCCCAGAUCUCUUUUGCUGAAGAUCAGAAAAGGGAGCAGAUUUGAAUAUUUGGGGAGGGUCAACGAGCGUGAAUCAGUGAAUUAGGUCAUGGCUGUGGCCUUGGGUGACACUCUUUGGAUCGGGAAGAUGAUCUGGGUAGCUCUCUGCCGGUGGAUCACAUCAUGCCUGACAGUCGCAGAAGAAAUCGCUGGCUCUAUCCGUACAGGCGAUAUCAGCCCUUUUCAUGUCGGUUGAAUUGGGAAAUUUUCUAUCAUCAUCAUCAUCAUAAUUUCUCUACUUUCCGAUUAGUCAUCUGUUAGUCUUCCCCUUUAUCUCCAAUUUUAUUUGUUUACAUCUUCAUAUGUUAAUAGGAAUAUAUGUUGU